AUGGCUCUGAAAGUCCUCAUUUGUGGCGGAGGUGUCGCAGGUCCAGCUUUGGCCUUCUGGCUCGUCCGAAAUGGUCACCAAGUUGUUAUCGUCGAACGGUCCCCAGUGCUAAGAGCGACAGGUGCCCAGAUCGACCUCCGCGGACAAGGCAUCGAGGCCGUCAAACGGAUGGGUCUCAUGGACGCCGUUCGCGAAAAGCUCGUCGACGAAGCAGGCGUCUCCUUCAUUGACGCGAAGGGCAAUGUCAGGGGGGAAGUCCUCGCCAAUAAGUCUGGCAAGGGUGCACAGUCUAUGACAUCCGAGUAUGAGAUCAUGCGCGGGGAUCUCGUGCGCAUGAUUUACGACGCAACAAAAGACAAAGUGAAAUAUAUAUUCGGCCAAACGGUGGAUGGCUUCGCGCAAAAUGACCAAGGGGUAGUCGCAACCUUUUCCGACGGCUCUUCGGAUACAUUUGAUCUACUGGUUGGAGCAGACGGGCAGGGCUCGCAAAUUCGAAAGCACAUUCUACCUCCCGAUGCCCCGAACGAAUAUCACCAGCUCGGUGUACACAUGGCGUACUGGUUUGUUCCACGGAUUGAAACUGACAGCAAUAUGUGCAAGUCGUACCUCUGCCCGGGCGGCCGGAUGAUCCUGACUAGAAGCCACAAUCAAGCGGAAACCCAGGUCUACUUCACGCUUAGAUCUGACUCGGAAGAACUUCGGAAUAUCCCGAAACGUUCAGUUGGGCAGCAAAAACAGUUUUGGGCCGAAAGGUUUCGCGACGCGGGGUGGCAGGCCGAUCGGUUUAUUGAAGGGAUGGACACUACAGAGAACUGGUUCUGCCAGAAUGUCGUCCAAAUCAAGACAGAUACCUGGCACUCCGGUCGGGUUGUCCUUCUAGGGGAUGCGGCAUACUGUCCUUCUCCCUUGAGUGGAAUGGGGACAAGUAGUGGUCUGGUUGGGGCAUAUAUCCUGGCUGGAGAGCUUGCUCGCAGUGAAGAUUUGUCCCAGGCCUUUCAAAACUACCAUCAGAAAAUGCGACCUUUCAUCGACCUGGUUCAGCCAUUCAACACUGGAUUGCUCCGAUGGGCAAUCCCCAACUCACAAUGGGAAAUUUCACUUCUGCAUCUCAUUCUAGGACUAGCUUGUUUCCUUCGCAUACCGCAACUGUUGUCACGGUUCUUAAGCGAUAGGGAUGGGGACUGGAAACUCCCUGAUUACCCAGAACUGGAGGUUGAUCGGAAAUAA